UUACUUUUAUUCGAUCACCAUAUUACUGCUAGUGAUCAUGACAGCUACUCUGAAUAUUUGGGCUUUAGCAAAGUUAAUUGUUGGCAAACGAAGCAAUGUUAGAAGAGGCAGCAACACUGCCCGGUCCAAACGACAUAAUGAUGUGUAUAUCAUUAUUCUGCUAAUUGUAAUUUUUGUAGUGUUUGCUGUUUGCUGGUCACCAUUUGUGGUUCGGAUCAUUAUUUCCCAAAUUACUGGACGUCAUGAUAAAAUGGUGGACCUCGUUACUCUAAGGAUUGCAUCAUUUAACCAAAUAUUAGAUCCAUGGGUGUACCUGUUAUUCCGGAGAGAAAGCCUUAGAAGGCUCGUUGGACAAAUAAGUAAAUAUUUACCCGUGUCGAGCAAAGAAAGAUUUUUUGCACAACUGUUUAGUGCUUCAAGCUUUCACAAUACUCAGAUAGAAGCCGAUGAGAGCUCUGAUAAAAAUUCUGUUGAAGUCGGACAGAAAAGUUUGAAUUCUUCGGACUCAAAAACCUCAAUGAAAACUUUGGAAAUCACAGCAUUAUAGAUUACCGGAGUGAUAAUUUGCUUUUAAGAUAAUCACGAAGACAACAUAUGACUGGAAAACUAUGGAACUUAAAAGAAUAAGAUUAAUUUAAGAUAUACGAAUGUUAAGAGCUAAUUGCACAUAACGUUACUAGCUAUUUAUGAACAUUUUACGAUGCAAACAAAUUCGACUAGCAGUUUUUGAUUUUAUUUUUAAAUAAAAGUGUGACUGUAUAUUUGUUCUGCAAAACACAUGUUCGACAUGGAAGGAAAACUAUAUUACAAAAGUUCCAGAAAACGAAAAUUACAUGAUAUGUAUUCCUUAUUCAUAAAAGAAAUGCCUGGGACUUAAAACCCGAAAAAAAUGUUUACCUUUAGAAUGACAAGCAAUGAUAUUGUAACAUUAAUGUGGUUUUAAAGGCUAUAUUUAGCAAGUUAU